GUAAGAAUCUGGCACCAGUUCACGUCGCGUCUGCUGUCGAUGUCCAUAAAAAUUGUCAAACUAUUCCUUCGUUCAUUUUCUGUUUUAUUUCUUCGUAACAAAAUUACGAAAACAAGUCUAAAAGUCACGCACCACCAGGCAUGCGCAGAUGAAUCAUCACAAAUGGCGGCGCCCUCUGAUUUUGAGUGGCCAUGGCAAUACAAUUUUCCUCCAUUCUUUACUCUUCAACCAAACCUGGAAACAAGGCAAACACAGCUUGAAGCAUGGUGUAGUCUGGUAUUAUCUUAUCAUAAACAUUACAAAAUAUUCAGUCUUGAUGUGACUGAGGUGCAAUCAAGUCCUUUAUUUUCUAACAGUAAAAUUAACAGAAAGUUACCAUUGGAUGCACUUUAUAUAGUCUUAGAAGAACUUCGAAAAAAAGGAAAUUUAGAAUGGUUGGAUAAAAAUCGAAAAAGAUGUUUAAUUAUGUGGAGAACCCCAGAGGAGUGGGGAUCACUUAUAUAUCAAUGGGCAUCUAGUAAUAGUUUAUUGAACAGUGUCUGUACAUUGUACGAGUUGGUCAGUGGAGAUGAUACAGUCAAAGAAGAGUUCCAUGAUUUGGAUGGUACUCUAUUACGACGUGCAUUGAAGACACUACAGGUGCAAAUGAAAGCUGAAAUCAUAGUCUUCGAUGGAAAUGAAGGAGUCAAAUUUUUCUGAAAUAUUUAAUACAUUCAACAAAUAUGAUGAAAAUAAUUACUACAUCUUUUUUGCUGAAUAUACAGCAGAAUAUCUUUCAAAGUUUUGUAUUUCAAAAAUUGUGCAAGAUAUGUUAAAGGAGUUGGUCAUCAAGUUUGUGUAAACUAGCAAUGUGGUUUUGGAACUUGUAUCAAGCACAGCACAGCACAGCAAGAUGACCAUUGCCCAUAAUUAUUACUGAAAAGUUUAGUGACUGUAAAAUAAGACUGCAUUUAUGCAAGUUUUGGCAAACAGUGAAAAUUAAAUUUUGGUGCAAUCACAUGGCAGAAUGCCUUACAAAUACAACUAGCUGUCAAUCAUCAUUUUCUAUUUAUGGGUGAGUACUGGUAGUAUUUCUAGGCCUCUGUUAACAGAAAAGUAGUUUUAGCCACAGUAUUAAAUUAUUUCCUUUGGCCAAAUAGUGAUCUGUUUGCCCGCUGGAAAAUGGUUACGAGAGAGCAUAGUAUAUUUUAUAUUCAUGUAACAAACAGUUAUUUAAUAGGCAGUAUCUUUCCUGAUGUCUAAUUUACCUUUCCGUGGGUGACGUUUUUAAAUGAUAUUUGGUUUGAAAUUCCUUUUAGCCAUCAGUGGCGAAAGUGGUAUAAUUUGUGGUAGCCGUUGGUGAUUGACAAAGGGUCAGCAGAAGCCAUGCAUUGCAGAUGUUUUCAACGUUCUAAGUAGUAUGUAAACUGAGUAAUGCAUAAUUAUAUUUUUACACAUUUUGUCAUUUAGGAAUAAAUACUGAUCAUUUCACAUUAGUAGCCUUGCAUUUACAUAAAUACCGUUUACUCGGUAUGUCUGUGGUCAAAAUAAGUUGUUUAUUAAUGAUCCAGCAAGCCAAUAAACAAAAUGUUUGUUGUACAAU